GGCUUCCUAUAAAUAUUCUCCGAGAUUAGGUAAUGCUUCAGUACACCAAAAUCAAACCAAACGCAUCUAUAGUUGCAUGCCUUGCUUCAUUUCUUUCAGACUCAUAAACCAGCUAACUAGGUAGCUAGCUUCACUACUAUACUGACCAGUAAGCAAAGCUAGCUAGCCUUCAAUGGCAUCUGAAAUGACACCAGAACUCGAACUUCCCGGGUUUCGAUUCCACCCCACAGAGGAGGAGCUUCUCGAGUUCUACCUCAAAAGCGUGGUGUUCGGGAAGCGAUUGCGCUUCGAUAUAAUCGAGUUUCUUAACAUCUACCGUCACGAUCCUUGGGACUUGCCUGGAUUGUCAAAGAUUGGAGAAAGGGAGUGGUAUUUUUUCGUGCCGAGGGACAGGAAGCAUGGGAGUGGAGGAAGGCCUAACAGAACCACUGAAACUGGGUUUUGGAAAGCGACUGGUUCUGACCGCAAAAUCGUGAGCUUAUCUGAUCCAAAGAGGAUCAUCGGGUUGCGAAAGACUCUCGUGUUCUACAAAGGGAGAGCACCAAGAGGAACCAAGACCGAUUGGGUCAUGAACGAGUAUCGUUUGCCUGACCACUGCAAAUUGCUCAAGGACAUAGUACUGUGCAAGAUAUAUAGGAAGGCAACUUCCUUGAAAGUGCUAGAGCAAAGGGCAGCAAUGGAGGAAGACAUGAAGAUGGGGAAUUCCCCUAACAUUUCAUCAUCCCCUCCUACAUCAAUGGACACCACCAUCUCAUUUUCCAGCUUCCAAGAACAGGAAUUAGCACAACAUCUUCAACACCAUCAUCAUGAUCUAACUCCGCAAACUCCAAUAAUGCCCGCCAAUCUCAAGAAAGAACUAGCAGAUGAUGCAGCAGUUGCAGUAGCAGAAGAGCAGCUAAAGGAGGAGAAUGAGCAAGCAGUGGAGAUGAAGGAGUCUCCCACAUCUCUUCAGACUCCUUUUAGAAAAAACAAGCUGCCAGAGCUUAUAGUUCCCAAGACGAGCAUGGACUGGACCCAAGACCAAUUUUGGGCACCCAUGAAUAGUCCUUGGCUUCUGUCGACCCCUGCUUAUGCCAGCCUUCUCAACCUGGAAUUACUUUGAUUAAUUUGGCCGGCACUUGGGACAAAAUAAAAGUUUGGUCAUGUAGAUAAGUUUUGGUCGCAACUUGAGGACAGUAAGUGAGUCUCUAACUUGAUCCCUGAAUCCAACCUUGACUAUCCGAGUUGGGGAGAUUUAAGAUAGAUAUUUAAGCAAGAAGCAAGAAUUUGAUGUCAAUUUGAAGCUAGGCGUAUGUACACGUAUAUGAGGACUUAGCAGAGUUUUUUUUCACUAAUAACUUUUCACAGGUUGCAUGAAGUGUUUACUGUUCUAGAUAAAGAGCUGCUUUGAAUUUUGUAUCCUAGCUCAAUGGCUUAUCUAUACAUCUGUUUCUUCUUCUUUUGAGAUAGAUCGAGUAAUGCUAUCAGUCUACAUUUUUUAAUGAAACGCAAUGAAUUUAAGUACAUUUUGUAAUAUGUGACGGUGAUCGAGGUCUCAUGGUUAUAUUGUAACAUUGGUCUGAAAUCAUAGAUGAGAAUACAGUUUGUACUCAAGUUAAUAUAUAUUUCGGGGGUG